AAAUAUUGCCAUUAACAGAACCUUUUAUGGUUACUAUAUGAAAAUAUUUUUUUCCUCGUAAGUAAUUAACUUACCUGUUUUUAUACAGUCUAUUGUAAUUACUCAUGGCAGGAGAAUAACGUUGUCUUAUACAAUUUUAUGCUGACAGUUAUUUUUAGUCUGAGUUUGGAUAAGGAAAUUUAUUUUCUCUUAAAAUUUGGAUUUGUUAUUCAUAAAUGAAAGUGAAAUUAAUUAGGAGGCAAUCACGUGUUUGUAUCGUUGUAGUAGGAGGACAGAUAUCCAGAGUACGUACUACAUCCGUGAUUCGAUGAACAUGGCGCUGGGCAAACAGGCCAUCGGUGGACUUUAAACAAGAGGAAAUUUCGGGAUAACUUCGACAUCGUAGCAUGCACGUGUGAAAUGAUCUCAAUCUCGAUAUACUGGACCACUUGUUCUGCUUCAUUGAUGACUACGAGGCGACAGAUUGAGUGCAACACAUCCAAUUGCAUUCAUAAACAUUUCUAUAGGACUUCAAACCCCUGAGCAUUCAGUGUUUGGAUAUUUAAACAAAAAAGCAUUGUUUUAUUGUGGAUGGCAUCCUUGCACGACCAAAUGGCUGCAACUGGAAAAGUCAAACCGAGUAAAGAUCUGUCCCAAGGCGUUGAGAGGUUAAAAGAGGAGCACAAAAAGGUGGUGAAAGAUUGCAGAAGUCAAAUUGAGCACUGGAAAAAAGUGGAAAAUGACUAUGAAUCUCUUCAAGACCGCCUCAGGACUUUGCCUGACAAGUUGUCUUAUGAUAUUAUGGUACCAUUUGGACCCUUGGCUUUCAUGCCGGGAAAGCUAGUUCACACUAAUGAGUUAACGGUGCUCCUCGGGGAUAACUGGUUUGCAAAGUGUUCUGCCAAACAAGCUGAUGCUCUUGUGGAACACAGAAAGAAACAUGUCAACAAUACACUAGAUGACUUACAGAAAGUGAUGAAGAACUUUCAGAACAGAGCCGACUUUACAGAUGAUCUUGAAAAAUUGACUGGUGAUACUGGAGAUUUUGCAGACAUUAGAGAAGAAGUUAUAAAUGAGGAAGUAGUCACCAAAGGAAAACAUCGUCUGGCCCACAAACCCAACUCUAAACCUAAACAGGAGUAUUUGUUGAAGCUGGAGGAGGAAAAGGAGAAGAAUGAAAGUGAAGAAGAGAGAGCGACAGGGGUGCUAUCAGAGGAGGAGCUGUGGGCUCGACUUGAUGAACUAGAACGUCAGGAGGAGCUUCAAGAUAAGAGAUACCGAUUGGACAGCACAGACACUAAUGGAGAAGACACCACUUCCUCCUCAGAGGAAGAGAAGGAGGCAGACGGAGGCAGUGAUGUCCAGGUUAAUGGCCAUCAGAAGGAAAAUGGCUGGGUUCCAUCAUCUAUCACAAGUCAGAUGAACGGCACUAAUGGCUCGCACCCUGAGGAUGAUGAGGAGGAGGAAGAUUGUGAUGAAGAAGCAGGCAAUGGUCUUCCAACUAUCUACUUUUCUCAUACUGCAGAAUUCAAAAAGGUCAGGAUAAAUACAGGCAAGAACACCACUCUAAAAUUCAGUGAAAGAAAAGAACAAAAGGUGCAAGCUAAGAGAAAAAAGCAAAGUGGCAAAAGCAAUGGCCAUUCUCCUCAUGAAAGUUACAAGAUCAAAAGCCCAGCGGACAUUUAUAGGGUGUUUGUGGACUUGGUGAAUGGAGAGCCAAUACCACGCAAGUCCAUUUUGAAGUCCCGCAGCCGUGAGAACAGCGUGUGCAGUGACACCAGCGAGAGCAGCACAGCUGACUUCGAAGAGCGCCGUGCUGCUUUUGGACGCUCGUGGAGCCAUGAUGACGCCACACACAGUGAUACCAGCGAUGGCAUCACAGAGGAGGAAAGCCCCACUGGAACGAGCCCCCGCACUAAUGGACGCUUUGAGGCUUUUACAGGCACAGUGAUUGAAAAGGAUCCCCUGCCUUGCUCCAUCCCACACCUGACCAUCGCUCCUCCUGCCUUACCCACAAUCCCUGAGAGAAAGCUGGAGGAGGUGGGCCCCGAAGCCCCUCAGGAGCCACCCAAGAGGAUGUCCAAGUUUAAAGCUACACGGUUGCAUCAAAAAUGAGAGAUCAUCUUAUCAGCACACGGCUUCUGAAUUCGGUUUUGUACAACAAUAACACUUAUAGACUAACUUUCUCAAUGGCUGUCUUAUUCCUCUGUCCCCCAUGCUAUACUGUCAUGUUUUUUUUUUGUGACAUGCCGUUCACCCUGGAAAUGUUAUUUGCUCUAUAAGUCUAUAAGCUCAUAAUUUAUGGAGAUGAUCAAUGAUUUCCUUGAUGUUUGCUGCUUUUUUUUUUAUGCCAGAUGAUUUAUUUAAAGAGAUAGUUCACCAGAAAAUGAGAACUGUCAUCAUCAACUUCCCUCUUUUCUUCUGUGCAACACAAAGUUAUUUUGAAUGAAGUCGUUGUUCCACAGAAUAAAGUCAUACAGGUUUGGAUUGUCAUGAGGUUAAUUAAAUGAUGACACAAUUUUCUUUUUUGUGUGAGCUAGCCCUUUAAGUUCUGAAAUAGUUGCACGUGUUGGUAUCUUUUGUGUGUUAUAGUUUAGAUAAAUAAUAGUUCAAAUCUAUUUAAAAUAAAUAAAAUGCUAAAAUGUUUUCAGAACAAACAAAACGGUAGUGCUAGUGACAUUAAGACUACUGUGAUUGUUGUCCAAGGUCUAUGAUGUGAUUUAUUUUGGAAAAUGCUUCAUCAAAAUUUAUUGUCAUUUUGUUAAUUCCUGACUUUUAUGUGCAACUUUGACCUAUGGUGGCCAUGAAAUAGCUGCCAGUUCUGUCAGCUUAAAAAAAAAUCUGUCCCUUCUUAACUUUUGUCUCUGACUGUCCCUUAUCUCGUUUUAUAUCUUGCUUUUCUAUUGUUUACAGAGUUUUGGGCUUUGUACCUUAGCUUUUUUUGUGAUAUCCAGACAAUUUUGAUGUAACUUAAAAGGGGAAAAAAAUAUUUUGACUGUGCAAGUGUUUAGGCUGGUUAUUGGAAAAUUAUUCUAUUGGGAUCAGUUCUACACAGGAGAUAAAUUAGUGCAUUCACUUCUGGCCAGGAAACACUUCUGGCCAAGAAAAAGUCGCUGUUCUAGUGAUUGAGCUAUUACUAUUUUCUUUGUCAUCAUGGUGUUGUUCAUUUAGAACCAUUAGAGGGCGCUAAAGCCUUUAACCUUUUAUCU